CUUUUGUUCUUUUUCCACCUCCCUGACAUCCUUUUCAGAGUGAAAUACAAUAUGAUCUGUUUUUAUACAUUGAAAUUUGGUUAUGCGAUUUUUUGUACAUUUAUGAAUUGCAUAAUUUGAUAAAACGGUAUCUGUUUUUCAUUUCGUAGGUAGUUGUAUUGUAUAUGGACUUACUGCAGAAUACUUUGUAUGUAUUUGUUGAAACAUCAACUGGCAAUGGAAAAUGGAUAGCAGCUGAUGUUGCACUUAACACUGAUGGAAAUGUGAAGAUAAAAUUUCAAAAUAAUGGUGCACAUAAUAUACAGCUGUCAGAAAACUGCACAAUUCAAGCUCCAUUGGAUACUGUUUGGAGUAAAGUUCCUCCACUGCCAUUUAGAAGAUCUGCCAAAGAAACAUUCAGCGUCCAUAUAAAGAAAAGUUCAGUUACUUGGUUUUUAUCAUCCUGUCAGGAAGAAAGAGAUGGAUGGUGUAAAGCUCUUAAUGCUUUUACCAAUCGUAAACCACCCCCGUAUGGAGAAUAUGACAACUGGAAUUAUUCUGCUGAGUUUGAAACUAAGCUACCAAAACCAUUUCAGCCUCGCAAAUCUCUUACUCCACAGCAUCGCUCAGGAUUCUACUCAGUCCAAGAGCCGAGAAGAAACAGUUCUAAAUUGCCAGAAAGUUCACGAACUGAAUGUUAUUCUGGGUUUUAUUCACCUCAUGAGCCAAAGAGAAGCUUGAAAUUUCCAGAUGCUGUUGCACCACAACACCGAUCUGGGUUUUAUUCUGUUCACAAACCCAAAAAGAAAACAUCUGAUGAACCCACCAUUUCUUUGGUUACUCCACAGGAAGAUACUGUGGCAAAAACUGAGCCUGAGAAUAUUCGCUGUCGGUGGUGCUAUGUUGCAUUUGGGUGCCUUUGCAAUGUUUUCAGUUCCUGUUUACAUCAUUGUUGUGUGAAUUUUGCUGCAGCAAUUUGAAAUGAUUUUUUUUAGUAUAGUUUUUUAUAGUUUUAGUUUUGCUAUUUUAUCAUUAUUAUUUGCAUAUGUAAUUAAAAACUAGUUAAUUAAAGUGCAACUAAAAAGAGAUGCAAGGGAUACAGAAACCAGAGCCUAUUGUUAAAUUAAAAUGAUUUAUAUUUUUUAUUCUGGAAAUUAGCUAGGUGCAUUGUCGCAAUAUUUUGUUAACCUUUAUUUAACGACUUGUUUCUGUUUGUAAUAGUGGAUUUUUUUUUUUUUUUUUUUUUUUUUUUGUAUCUUAUGGGUUAAGUAAUAAUUUAUGGACAUUUUUCAAAGUUUAUUUUAACUUUUCUUUUUUGUGGUAAUUUGAUGAAGAAAUUUGUUCAAUUUCUUUUCAUUUGUGAGACUUUGUUUAAGGUGUAAAAAUGGUACUUUGGUGCAUUGCUCCUUUCCCAGGCAAGCACUAAUCUUAUGAGUGGCUUUGGCAGACUUAAUGCUUCAAUUAGAAGUAUUUGCUUUAGUGUCACCAUUAAAAAAAAUGGUGUUUGAAGAAGGACAAAAAAAAAAAAAAUAUUUAAAAUGCAUUAUCUUAUUGGGUGUAAAAUGCUCUUAAUAUAAAAUGUUUGUGAUUUCAUUUUAUUUCUGCAUACAUUUUUAAAUUCAAAGAGGAAAUGUCCAUUAAUUAUUUAUCAACCCAGUUAAAUGUUUGAAUUUUGAAAUCUUCUAUAUUUUUGUAUUCUCUAUAACAUUACACCAUUUUAAUGUGUUUAAAACUUUGUCAGUUAAUUGAUUAAAUUAAUUAAUUUUUUAUAUGAAGUAAAUUUAAUUAAUUGAGAGGAUUCAUUGAGGUAUGAGUAAUAAAUUUAAGAAAAAAAUUAAUAUAAAAUUUAUAGAAUAUUUAUAAUAAUGAAUGAUCAAUUAAGGAUUGUAAAGUGGAGAAUAAUUGAAAUAAAAAAUGUAACUUUUAGUGUACUAAAAAUAUUUUUAAUAAUGUUUUUUAAGAAAGAAUAAUUUAGAUUAAACUUGAGACUAAAUCACAUUGAUUAUAAAUGGCUAUGAAAUUUAUCUAUUAAAUUGAUCAAUGCUAAUAUCUGUGAAAUGAAAUUCCAUAUGAAAUGGCUGUUUUAUAAUACUUAAUUUUCAAACAUGGAGUAAGAGUUUUUCAGAGACAAAAAUUGAAGAAGAUUUGGUGCAAAUAACUUAUGAAAUAUACCAAUUUCAGCAGACAAUAAUUGAUCGAAACAAAGAAGAAGAAAAGAAAUAAAUAAAUAAGCAUUUAACUAUAAAAGUGUAAAGACCUUAAUUGAAAUAAACAGUUAAAGCUAUGUUUCUUGACUGAAUAUCUUCCAAAUGAAAGAAAAAUCAAUUUUUUUCAAAUAAAAUAAAUAAAAACGAAAUUGCCAUAUAUUAUCAUAUGAAAAUUUUUUAAUGUAUCUCUCCACUCGGAUCAAACAAUCUAAAGAAGAAUUAAUACAAACCUUGUAAAUUAGAAACAAAAUAAAAUUGUUGGAAUUUAUUUACGGGUAAUUUUUUUAACAUUGUAAAUUGUAGAAUUCUGUCUUGUUAGUGUUUGGAUGAAUUUAAAAUGAAUCACUUGAAUUUUUCAUCCCUUUUUUUUAUUUAAUUUUUUUACUUGAUAUUUUUGUUUUUCUGCUUUUUUUACUUUGCUUUAAAUUUUGUUUGUAGCUUAAUGUGCAAUAUUUUUCUUAUAUUAUUUGGCUCUACACUGAGUUUGUGAUGGUGUUUUACUUAUUUUUGGGUGUUUUUACUAGUCUUGUAGUGUAUUCAUAGUAUUUAUGUGCAUAAUUUACUUAUUUUAUUUAAUUAUUUCAUAUCAUAUUUGAUUUCAUUACUUACAUUAUUUUACUACUCAUUGAUAUUUUAAUUCAUCUUCUUUUGAAAUAUGUACAUCUGAGCUUUUGAUUUUUUUAGACAGUUUCUUGAAUUUCAUUAAAUACAGAAUUUGCAUUGUAUUUUCAUUAAGAUUUAUUGAGCUGAAACUAAAGUGUAAUAGCUUUGGUUAUCUAUUUAAUGUGUUUAGAAUUAUACAUCAAAAUUUACAAUUCUUUUUUAAGGAAAACAGACUAUCUAUUUUUAAGUGUUUUGAACUUGAUGAAAACCUCCUUCUAUAUAAAAGAAUUAAUUAUCUAUUAUUCUCUUGUUCCUUUCUUAUUUUUAUAUUAAUAUUUUAUUAUGAUAAAAAUAUAUUAAAAGUUAAAAAAAAACUAUAUAUAUAAAAGAAACUAUGGUAUUUGUUAUUAGUUUUACUUUUGCAUGAAAAGAGAAAGAAAGAAAAGGAAUGCUAUAUAUCUAUGAUAAAUUUUAAUUUAAAAAAUGUUAUCUCUACUUAUGAUCUCAAGUCUGGAAACUAGUCUUAAGAUUGAUGUGAUCUCUAAAACUUUUUGCAAUCUGAGCGUUGAAAAAAUGAACUUCUAGUCCAAAAUAUUAUAGCAUGAUAAUGUUUUAGAAUUGAUUUUUUUUCUAUCUUUAUUUUUUUUAAUGUACUCUUAAUUAUAACAAUAAGGUGCACAUAAAAAUGUAUUUAAUACCCCUGCAAUGCAUAUGUGUAUAAUCUUAGUUAUUAAAACAAUAAAAAACAAUUUAAUUAAACUUUAAAAUAUUUUUAAAAAGUUAUUAAAAUUAGAGAAGAAAAUUGUAUUCAAGUUGAUAUUUUUGAAUACUAAUGAAAACUUUAGCUUCAAACUUACUCAUAAAAACUUUGAUUUUUAACCAAAAAUUUAUUUAAAAUUUUAACCAAAGGAAUACAUAGUAUCCAAAAAGUAAUUGCCUGCCUGAUUUGGUAGUUUUAAGUUCAACAUUAUGCCUAUAAAGUGUUUUGCUUAAUUGUUUAUACAUGAAUUGUGCUUGAUAUAAUUUACCACUAGUAUACCAGCCUAUAAACAUUAUCAUGGGAUUCUUUACUUUAAAUGAUAAGUGUGUGUAAAAUAUGCUUCUUUCUGAGGGCAUCCAUUUAAAAAAGAAUUUUGUUAGAGAUUAUUUUAUUAUCUCUAUUUGUUAUCCCUGAUCUAAAUAUACUUUUUACCAUUUAAUUAUACCCAAAGAAUUGUGAGAGGUGUUGCAAUUUUUUGAUGCCAAAUCCACUUUCAGGGCUUGUGAUGGCUCCAGGUGUAAAUUCAUUUAAAGAUCAAUUUUCUUAUGUAUAUGUAACUUGUAAGUUUGAAUAGAAGAGUAUUGCCUCAAGUGCCAUUCUUGUCAUCAAACCAUGAUUCAAAAUUAGAAUAUCUAUCCCAAAACAGCUCUAGGGGUUGCUACAAAAUAAGAUAUUUUAAGAACUGAAUCAUUAGAAGAUUGCAGAAACAUGCCUUCCACCAUAAAAAAAAAAGUAAAAUUGAUUUUAUUUAAAACUUUUAUGAAAUUAAUUUUAAUUCUUGAAAUACAAUAGUGCAUCAUCAGUUUGUAAAAUAAUAAUAGUAAUAAUACAUGUUCAUUCAUAUUUGGCGUUAGUUUUCAGUACCGAGGACAAUAGGAAAGUACUUUUUGUAAAUUAAUCCAAAAUUAUUACUCAGUUUUAGGAUUAAAUUUAAAAAAUACAAUCUCCAAUUAAUGAUCUCAUUUAUUUGUGCUUAGAAUUGAAGAAUUCCUAAAUGUAUCUUUGUGUUAGAUUUUGCUUGUAUGUUCCAUUUGUCAUGAAAUUCAUUAAUACUUAUUUUGCAAGGUAUUUGUAAUUCCUUUUAACAAUAAGAAAAAAAAAUGCUUUAUUGGAGCUUUUUUUUUUUUCUUUUUCUUUUUUCAAACGUACUGUUUUUAACUCAAAUAUCAUAUAAGGAGGGAAGAUAAAAGAAAAAAAAAUCUUUUAACACUGCAAAACUAUUUAUAAAUUUUUUUUAUACAUUUGUAAAAGAAAACAGAGACCAAAUUAAGUGUUUGUUUAAUGUUUUUUUUUAUAUAUAUACACACCAUUACUAAAAAAAUAAUAAAAUACAUAUCUUUUUUUUUUCGAAUAAAACAAUUUUCAAUAUAGCUUUUACUGCCUCGACUUCAAUAAUGUUUCCUCAGUAAGAAUGGAAUUGCUUGAAAUAGUUGAUUUAAAUCAUAAUUGUUGGAAGUUUGGCCUUAUAUGCUGAUUUGCAAUACUUAAAUCAUAAUUUAUUUGUUUAAUCAUUUUAAUAUAUAAAAAUAUUUUGCUUCUAUAUUAUCCAAAAUGUAGUGAUUAUUUUUUGAAAAUUGUUUUAAAACAAAAUUUAAUUAAUUCCAAUUAAUUUUUAUUUAUACAAAUAAGGUAAGUGUUGAAAAUUACAUAUUACCCUCAAUGUUGCUGUGUUCUUUUUAUUUUCCCUCUACUUUAAUAUUAUGUAUGAGAAAUCAUA